GUAAUCCGAGACUAUGCGGUUGGGCUGAAUGAGGUGGACGAAGAAUGUGGAUCUACAGAUAUACUGCACACAUGCAUCCUGCAGCGCUUGAGCCUCAACAGCACAACAUGCCGUUGUGAACGAUAUCUACAAACGAUGAAUGACGAUUUAUGUAAGUUGAGUUUUACGAAUGCUACUAAGACGAUAAUGGAGUUGAUGAAAGAAGUCGAGAAUGAAGGCGAAAACGUGUCACAACCGUUGUCGGCCAGUUCAACGGCUCAAGCUGUACAAGAAUGCUACAAUGAUCAACUAUGGCCACUUGAAAAUUUAUGGCAGCGAUCCGAUUCGUGGUCGGUCCAUUGUCACCUGCAAGUAACCGAAUUAGAUAAAGGAACUUUUCGGCAAAGGAAAAGAAUGCGAGUAGUACAUGCAGAAUCGAAACCAUUUUCGGUUACAGAUGACCUUCUUCUGGCGGCUAGCAUGGCAGCUACCGUAUUCAAUGUUAUGGUCAUAUUUUGUGCGGUGAAGCUGUUUAAACGAAGUGGUGACACGAUGCAUCUCUUCAUCUUAAAUAUGACUGUCGGCGAUCUUAUAUUAACUGUAUUUUGUCAUCCAAACGAAUUACUUAUACGGAAACACGAUUUUCUCCAACAAAUUCACUUGUGUGCUGUAGUUCAUUAUUUCAACUGGACAGGAUUAGCAGUCUCCGGAUUGUCGCUAACCAUGCUAAAUAUUGAUAAGAGUGAUUAUGAUCAGUUGAGAUUUUCCUCACAUCUUUACCGUCCUCGCUCCCUAGUCAUCUGCGUUUUCGUCUCCAUACGCGCUCUCUCCUGCUUAAUUUAUUUUCGUUGGCCACUCAACUACGACAGGUCCAUGUCGAAACGAAGAGCUGCUUUAUUUUGCCUUCUUAUUUGGGGACUUUCUGUU